UCCUUUUCUUUCGAAACAGCAAAUUCAAGUCUGUUGUUCUUCUCCAAUGGCGUCUUCUUCUCUUGUCCGAAUCGCUGUCGUCGGAGACAUCCAUGGCUUCUGGGAUCUAGAUGAAGAUCGAAAGGCUCUUCGAGUUCUCCAGCCGCAUCUGGUGCUCUUCACAGGUGAUUUUGGUGAGGAAAACGUACCACUUGUUCAAAGCGUUGCCGCUCUUACUUUCCCUAAAGCAGUUAUACUGGGGAAUCAUGAUGCCUGGUUCACCCAUGACUUUCCAAGGAAACAAAAACAGAACGGUGUUCAAAUGCAACUUGAUAUCCUUGGUGACGAGCACGUAGGAUAUCAACGCAUGGACUUCCCCUCUUUUAAGCUCAGUAUUGUUGGUGGUCGACCCUUUUCAAUUGGAGGGGAUCGAUUGUUUCGGAAAAAUCUGCUUGUCCAGAGGUAUGGAGUUCAUGAUAUGGAUGCCAGUGCUGGGAGUAUUUGUCGAGCUGCACAUGGAACACCUGAAGAUCACGUGGCUAUAAUUCUUGCUCACAAUGGGCCAACAGGUCUUGGUUCUCAAGCAGAGGAUAUAUGUGGAAAAGACUGGGUGGAUGAAGCCGGUGACCAUGGUGAUCCAGAUCUAGAGCAGGCGAUUCGACAGUUGAAGGAGACAACGAAGUUGUCGGUUCCUUUAGUUGUGUUUGGACACAUGCAUAAGGAGCUGCAACGGGGGAAAGGAAAUCGGAAAAUGGUAGUGCAAGAUGGUGAUAACCAGACUAUUUAUGUGAACGGUGCAAUAGUUCCAAGGGUUAAAGAGGCAAAGGAAAGAGGAGCAGUAGAGUCUGAGAGUGGUGGCACAACAAGAGCUUUCACAUUGGUAGAGAUUUUAGAUGGGAAAAUCAAGAAAAUAGCAGAAAUUUGGGUACAUGUUAAUGGAAUGAUGAUUCUGAAGCAGCUGAAACAAUUUACCUUUUCUGCUACACGCAGAAAUGUUGAUGUUAAACGGCUUGCAAGGUUCUAUGGCUCUCCUGCUGUUUGCGAAUCUUUAACAACCUCUAAGGUUUCUAAAAGACUGUCAAGAGAUGAUCGGCGAGCUUUGGUGGAGUCUUUUGUCAACGAAUACAGAGCAACUAAUGCUGGUAGAUUCCCUUCAUUGGAUGCUACUCGCAAGCAAGUGGGAGGCAAUUAUUACAUUGUGAGGGACAUCUUUCAAGAGCUGAAACUCAAACCAAAAGCACAUGUGCCAAUUGUAGCUAAAGCUCUCUCAGAAGUCUCUCCUUCUGUACCAGGCAUGGAUUCAACUGAGACAGGAAGUGAGCAGAGACAGGAUAUAAUAGAUACUUCUCACUCUAAUUCUGAUGAUGAAAGUAAUCUCCAGGGCAACAACCUUAUCAUUACUGCAACAGUUGACAAAAGAGAAACAGAGACAACUCAGGGAAUAGAAGUAGAGGUAUAUUUAAAAAACUCAGAGACCGAGGAAGAGGGAAACUUGACGCACUUAGGUAAUCAAGAGUCAAAAGCAGACCAUCUUGAAGGAGCUGCUGUUUCCGCAGAUGUUGUGCCUACUGAGACCAGACAAGUUUCAGAGACAGGAGCCGGUGAGGUGAAAGAGACGGAAGCUGGUGAGGUGAAAGAGACCGAAGCUGAUAUAGCCGGGGAGCUUUAGAUACGCUCCUUAGGGGGUAGGUAGUAGAUAGAGGUGUGUGAAGUACACUAGUAGAGGUUGUUUUGAUUUGACCAUUUUGCGCAAAGGUUUGGUAUCUCCCAAGAUGUCUUAAUCUACACUAUUAUUGUCCUGC